UCACUGCGUGCGGUUGUGUUUCCCACCGCUCGACACGGUGAACAACGCGUGCGUCCGGUUGGUUUGGAAUGGCAAAUUGAACCGAAAUCGAUUGUUUACGCGUCAUGUAUGUGUGUGUGCGCGCUUGUGUAUACUGUUUUUGCGUGAUGUGAUGUGUGUCGCUUGCACCAAAUCCAAAGUGCAUAAAAAUUGUGAUUAAAGUACGGAAAAAACCGGCGUCGCUGCAGAGAAGUAACGCUCCCAGUGCACGGUGGUGCUACCGCGAUUGGAAUUCCGGAACGGUCGUGUCCUGACCCGUGUGAUAAUUGCGAUCAUUACCGUCCCAAAGUACCUCCGUGUGUUCGCAGCAUUGCGUCGGCCAAUGGGCAGGAAGUGAGUUUAUGUUCCAUCUUUGCCAACUAUUAUUAGUGAUGUGUAGAUGCGCAAGAAGCAGCAGCAGCAGCGAAUCAAGGUAGAGGUCGAAAGCGAAAAAAGGCGAGAUUUUGUUUUGAUGCGCUUACCACCUCUCCGGCGGAUCGGUGUGCGAGAUACAAGUGACGGAUGCGAACGGUGUGCUCGAUUGUUGUGUCUGUGUGCGUGUAAACGCGUCCGUCUGGUAUAGGGUUGUUUAUGAAACGAGAUCAAUUUCAUCACAGGUCAGUGUCGAUUUAGUGCUGAAAACACGCAAUGUUACUAGAACGUAGUUUGUGAAACGAAACACAUCGACUGGCCGAAGUCCGUAAAGUGCUGUCUGUGCUGUUGGAAUAAGAUAUAUCAUUGUCAUUUUCAUCUCCAUCUAUAUCUGCAAGAAAGGAUGUACUGCUUGUAACAGCAUAAUGAAUCUGUAUGAUCGAUUCCAGCUGCUUCAUAUACCUGGUGACAGAUUGAGCAAUUACAGUGCAUGAAGAAUGAGGUUGAAGUCAUACAAAGGUGUUUAACAACGCAUCAAUUGAACUAAAUUAAAUUCCAAAGACGACUGUCCGCGAGCGCGGGUACAACGUGCUACAUCCGCUGAAAGUGCGAAUCACUCACUUGACUAAGCGCCGAGCGACGGACGACUAUGGCGGUUGUCAAUGCGCUGCUACACCCUGAAGUACCACCGACAGCUGCCUGGCAAACCCAGCGGAGCCUGGACCUGAGGCACACCGGCUAACCGGAUGCCAAUGCAGGAGUGAAACGUAAACGUGUACACAGCCCCAACUCGAUACAGCGAUUCGCGCGCGUUCGCAAGUUAAAAGGAUCUCAUACUCGUUUAGUUGAUUUUAAUUUCUCAUUACGUUAAGUGUCACGUUUUCCUUUCACGUGCUGUUGUUUUAUUCCAUUGCGUGACUGUGUGUGUAUGUGUUUGCUUAAUGUGCAUGGAAACUUUGAUGUAAAUUGCUUGGGGUGUACCAACACGUUGGUUGUGGUGAUCACAUCUCAAAAGGGGGCACUUUUGACAAGUUGGCAAAACUAGAUCGGAUUAGAGAGGGACGGUAAAACAGCAAAACAAAAUAACAGAAAACAGAAAAGAUAACGAUAACAUGACGAUGAAGCUGUUUCGACGCGGUUCGCCACGAUGUAUCGGGCUGCUGUCUGCGUUCGUGACGAUCCUGCUCUGCCUGUACUACAUCUCCAUGGGGCAACCGUCGCCGGCUGGAUCCGGACCAUCCGCUCCGACGGGGAUGGACGGCAAAGAUGCGUCCGGCGGUCCGAUGGCAGCGGGCUUAGCCCAUCAGAAACGAUCUAACGGACAGCAUACGGGCCCGAAUGCAAAUCACUCGUGGCACAGUUGGUUGCGGAGCAGUCUGAACUCGAUCAGCCGGCAGCAGCAGCAGCACAUCGCCGAUCGGACAGGUGAUAACGUGCGAGGCGACAAUGGGGACGGCCAUGGCGAUGGGAUCGCACCAGAGGAUGGUACCGACAGUGCCGGUGGCCCCCUGCCCCGGUUCGGUAGUCGAUGGGACGAGUGCAGCGUGCUGGAGGAGGCACCCACCGAUAUCACCACCGUGGACGAGUAUGGAAAAUUCGAUUUCCAGCCGGAAUGGAUGAAAACCAAGGAAUACUGGGAUAAAGAUUUCGAAACGCGCUAUGAAAAGCUGCAAAAGGAUCUGAAAAGGCCACCCCUAAAGAUUGUGGUGGUUCCGCAUUCGCACAAUGAUCCUGGAUGGCUGAAAACCUUCGUCAACUACUUCCAGUCAGAUUCGCGCCAAAUUCUGAACCUGGCCGUCACGAAAAUGCCCGAGUACGGCAACAUGUCGUUCAUCUGGAGUGAAAUCAGCUUCCUGCAGCUGUGGUGGGAUCAGGCCCAUCCGACGAAACAACGGAUACUAAAGAAAUUGGUACAAUCUGGCCGAUUGGAAAUUACUACCGGAGGCUGGGUGAUGACGGACGAAGCGAACGCUCAUCUGUACGCAAUGGUUGAUCAGCUAAUUGAAGGACACCAGUGGGUAAAGGCGAACCUAAACAUAACGCCCAAGACGGGCUGGAGUAUUGAUCCGUUCGGGCAUGGCAGUACGGUGCCGUAUUUGCUUGCUGCUUCCGGUUUCAAGGGCACGAUCAUUCAGCGCAUCCACUACGCCUGGAAGCAGUGGUUUGCCCGCCACCGGUACGGAGAUUUUCUCUGGACGCCGUACUGGAAAAAUCCAUCGGACGGUGGCGCCAGUCAGGCGCGCGCUCACAGCAUGCUAACGCACAACAUGCCGUUCGACAUCUAUUCGAUCAAGCACUCGUGCGGUCCGCAUCCAUUCAUCUGUCUGAACUUUGAUUUCCGGAAGAUCCCGGGCGAGUACACCGAGUACUCGAUCAAGGCGCAGUUCAUCACGCCGGAAAACAUCGAAGCCAAGGCGGACCUGCUGAUGGAGCAGUACUCCCGCACGGCCUCGUUGUUCCCGCACAACGUGGCACUCAUCCCGGUCGGGGACGAUUUCCGCUACAACAAGGAGAAAGAAAUGGAGCAGCAGUACACGAACUACAAGAAGCUGAUCGACUACAUCAACGAGCAUCGGUCGAAGUACAACGCUGAGAUCAGCUUCGGCACGCCGGUGGACUAUUUUAACGCGAUCCGCGAACGGUACGAUCGGUUCCCGACGCUCAAGGGCGACUUCUUCGUGUACGCAGACAUCUUCAACGAGGGCCGGCCGGCGUACUGGUCCGGUUACUUCACCACCCGCCCGUACUACAAGAUACUGAGCCGCGAGCUCGAGCACAACCUGCGCAGCCUUGAGAUACUGUUCACGAUCGCGUUCAACCGGGCGCGGCAGACCGGCAGCUCGAACGCGUUCAAAAUUUACGAAAAGAACUACGAAAAGAUGAUACUGGCGCGGCGCAAUCUGGGGCUGUUUCAGCAUCAUGACGCCAUCACCGGCACCUCGAAAGCGAACGUGAUGCGCGACUACGCGCUGCGCCUGUUCGAGAGCAUCCAGGACACUGUGAAGCUGCAGGAGAAAACGAUCGAGCUGCUGGUGCAGCGGAAACCGCACGACCAGCAGCAGCACGGCUUCCUAAUCGGCGAGCUCGAGCGGGACAACUUUGGCAAGCUGCCGCGCAAAACGCCCAUCAUCGUGACGGAGGGCCGCAGCACGGACUUUAUCGUGUACAAUGCGCUCGCCCAGGAGCGACUAGAAGUCGUCACGAUACGCACGCUGACGCCGCGCGUCAAGAUACUGGACGCGGCUGGCAAAGCGAUCGACAUCCAGAUCAACCCGGUGUGGAACAUUACUGAGACGUCGUACACGUCGCGCAAGAUCGUCCCCUCGGACAAGGAGUACGAGGUGAUGUUUGUGGCCCGGCUGGCGCCGCUCUCGCUCACCACCUACACGGCGGCGUACGACGAGGACGGCUACCAGGGCAAGAUGGCCACGCUGUACUGUACGGAGUGUCAGGACGAGAAGACGAAAGCGUUCGAGGUGCGCACCAAGCAGCCGGGCGACAUCCAGCUGGAGAACUACAAGAUGCGGCUGCUGUUCGACGAGCAGAGCGGCUUCCUCAAAUCGGUCACAAAGAAGCACAUGGGCAAGCAGAUCCAGUGCGCGAUCAAGUUCGCCGCGUACAAGAGCGCCCAGUUCCAUUCCGGCGCGUACCUGUUCAAGACCGAUCCGGAGCAGCGCAACUCGGAAAAGGACGUGCUGGAGCAGUACAGCGACAUGACGAUCCUGAUCACGUCCGGCCCGCUGGCCAGCGAUGUGACCGCCAUUUACGGGCCGUUCCUAGCGCACACGGUGCGCAUCUACAACUCAAACAGCGUGCUGGAUAGCGCGAUCUACAUCGAGAACGAUAUCGACUUCGAGGCACCGCCGAAGAACCGCGAGACGGAGCUGUUUAUGCGCUUCGUGACCGACAUCGAGAAUGGCGCUAGCGAAAACCCGGAGUUUUACUCCGACCUGAACGGCUUCCAGUACCAAAAGCGCGUCAAGGUGUCGGCUAUCGGGGUGGAGGGUAACUACUUCCCGAUCACGUCCGGCGCCUUCAUCCAGGACGAUCGGAUGCGGCUGACAUUGCUGACGACGCACGCCCAGGGUGCGGCAAGCCUCGAGCCGGGCCAGCUGGAGGUAAUGCUCGACCGGCGCACGUUGUACGACGAUUACCGCGGCAUGGGCGAAGGUGUGAUCGAUAGCCGGCUAACGCGUCACCGGUUUUGGCUGACGCUAGAAACGAUCGACGCACAGCAGCCACCGAACGUGGAACCAGCCGCACCGAAUGGGCAGGAGGAACAGGAGCCGCAACAGCAGCACCAGCAGAAGGAAAGCAGCACCACUACCUCCGACCCGUACCAGCUGCCCAGCAUCUUUGCCAAUGCGCUAGCGAACGGGCUCAACUAUCCGGCCAACCUGUUCAUCGUCGAGCGGUACGACGAGAGCAAUCAGCUCGAGCUGAACCGAGCGGUGCGCCUUCUGCGCGUCCAGUUUCCUUGCGAUCUGCACGUGCUGAAUCUGCGCACGCUCACCGAAAACAAUCUGCCCCUGUUUCCCUCCAGCUCGGCGCUGCUCGUACUGCAGCGGCAAGGGUACAGCUGUCGGAUAGGCGGCGAGGAGAUGAUCGGUUACUUCUGCGGUAACGGCAGUAGCAGCAGCAGUAGUAGUGGUAGCAGCAGCACUAGCAAUCCUGCCAACAAUGCUGUCAUCGAUGGCGGCGGCGGUGGAGAAAGAGAAGGAGGUGGUGGAGAUAAUGAGAUCAAUCAGCAUCAUCCGACGGAGCCACGGGAGCUGCAACUGUUCCGGCGGUUACGAAUCGACGCGAUCCAGGCGACCUCACUGACCGGGCUGCAUCCGGGCGAACGGCUCGCCUCCUUCACCGACAUCUAUCUCGAGCCGAUGGCACUCAAGACAUACAAUCUGACCUUUGCAAAGUAAAACCCACAUUGCACUGACGAACCCCCCCUCCCGCAGAUAGGAGGGGGGAUGAGUUCCAAAGGGCAGCAUCGCGUAAAAGCUGACGCGCGCAUUCCAAGCAUUCCACAGUCGAAAGGGAGAGUAUCCUCAACGGAAAAUGGAAGAUGGUAGCAGCCGGCGAAAGGGAUGAAGAAAUAAUCCUCUUCGGGCAUCUCUAGGACAUAAAACAAGAGAAAACUCCUCAGCGUGUGUGUGUGUGUGUUUGUAUUCAAUUAGUCAACAAUUAGGAGAAACGGUUGGCCACAGACACAAGCGCCAAGACGUUAGACCACACAUGACCACAGUAAAUAUCACUAAACGAAUGGAA